GCGCGAGGACCGCAACUGCGGAGAGCGUACGCAGUCUAACGAAAGCCGCGGUGGUGCGCGGUGGUGGCUCGCGCCACUUUUGUCCCUCGGCCGAGAAGACACGUGAAUGCAACCACGUGGUCCAGUGCGUGACACGAGAGCUGGAGGUACUCACGGGAAUUCCCCCGGGGUGCUUCGUAGACAGUGACGAGUUUCCGCGGCGGGGCUCCAGGGUCCACCAAUUCGCAGCCGUGGACACGAGAAUAACCGUCAACCUGGAGUCCACGUGCCAAAAACGACGGAAAUGUGAGGCCGAUGGGAAGGAGGCGAAAGCGGAGCUGACGGCGCAACGCAAUAUGUUCCCUAGCGCUCAAAUUAAAAUGAGAUUGCUGUCGCCAAGCAGUUCGCCGGCCACCUCGCCUACGAUGUCGAAUUCCUCGUCGCCAACACCACCGACGCCGGCGGCCCCGGCUUAUAACCAGAAGAUGACCGGUAUUCCUUGCGUAGCGGCCGCUUCGAGGUACACCGCACCGGUUCACAUCGACGUCGGCGGCACAAUAUACACAUCCUCCCUCGAGACUUUAACGAAAUACCCGGAAUCCAGGCUAGCAAAAUUGUUUAACGGCAGUAUCCCCAUCGUUCUGGACUCGUUAAAACAACACUACUUCAUCGAUAGAGACGGCGGCAUGUUCCGGCACAUAUUGAAUUUUAUGCGAAAUUCUCGACUGUUGAUACCCGACAAUUUUUCCGACCUAGAUUUACUGCUGGAGGAAGCACGAUACUUCGAUAUUGCGCCCAUGUGCAGGCAAUUAGAACAGAUGAAGAAGGAACGCAUAAAGAACGGUUCAACAACGACAAUGACCACUACAUCGCCGAGUCCCCCGCCCUCGGGUCAACUCGGCGGUCGCGGUACCGCCUGCACCACCGCGCCCUGCAACCGCGAUUCCGAGAAGAUGCGCGGUAACGACAGCAAUUGCAGCUACGAGUGCGUGGCAUUGCACGUGAGCCCGGAUCUGGGCGAGCGGGUGAUGCUAUCGGGUGGACGGGCGCUGCUGGACGAGGUGUUUCCGGAAACGACGCAGGCAGUGAUCGAUGCGCGAUCCGGCGUUGCCUGGCACCAGCAGGAUGCCCGUCACGUCAUCAGGUUUCCACUGAACGGUUACUGCAAACUGAACUCCGUUCAAGCGAUCACCAGACUGCUGAACGCCGGCUUCCGGGUGGUCGCGAGCAACGGCGGCGGCGUCGAGGGCCAACAGUUUUCGGAGUACCUGUUCGUCAGGCAGGCCGUCAACACUUGACGGAGCACGGCGCAUCAGCGCAAAACGAUCUCCAAGUCGAUCCGUUGCCUGCAGCGUGACCACGACUUUGAGUGAGUGCAACUGUCAACCAGGAGAACACCUCAAGACUGCAUCGCGGAUAAUUUGGUUAUUCUGACAAAACAAAACGGGGCAUCUUGGUACAAGAAGACUGGCAAUCGCAACUGUAGUUUGACGCCGAAAUACUUAUAUCAAUACGAAGAUCUCGUAACGUGCAUUAAAGUCUCUUGAUACUUGCGUUAGGUAUCUUGAAUCACGAAGAAGUGAAUAAGUGAAUAAGAGAGUGCAAAUCAGUUUUGCAAUUUACGUUGAUUUAUGUUCGCUAUAAAAAUCAACUUUAUCAAACAGCAACGAUCUCAUUUGUAUGCACACGUAAGUUGCAAUAAGAAUUAUUUGCAUGUAUUACAUUUCUGACAUUAUAAUCUGAUACGAAGGUA